CGAGCCGAGCCGAGCGCGGGGGUCGCGCCCUCUCGUCCGCCCUUUGUUGUCUCGGCCGCCGCCGAGCCCCCGGCCGGCAGCAGCGGCGGGCCCCGGCGGCGGGGCGGGCGGCCGGGCGGGAUGUCCCAGGAGAAUCUGCUCGGCAUGGACGAGGGAGCGCUGCGGAAGCUGCUGGAGGCAACGCUGGACCUGGCCGAGCGGCGCCGCAUCCGCUCGGCCAUCAGGGAGCUGCAGCGGCAGGAGCUGGAGCGGGACGAGGAGGCGCUGGCAUCCAAGCGCUUUCGCCCGGAGCGCGGCAGUCACCGACAGGACGACAAGGAGAACUGGCCUCGGUCCCGGCGCCUGGAGGAGGAGCAGCAGGCAGCCCUGGCCGCCUUGUCCCAGCAGCUUGAAGCCAUCACAGACGUGGAGGAGCUGACAAAACUGCUGCGGGCGGCGGGCGAGUACGAGGAGCGCAAGCUGAUCCGAGCUGCCAUCCGCAAGCUGCGGGCUGAGGAGAUUGAAGCUGCAGCCCUGGCUGGGAACGUGCAGAGCAGCCGGAGGGACGGCAGUGAGCCCCACGCUAUGCCUGGGGAUGUGAAAAGCAACCGGAGGGAUGAUGCUGAAACGCCAGCCCUGGCUGGGAGCGGGAAGAGCAGCCAGAGGUGCGAUACUGAGCUGCCAGCCCUGGCCGGGAGCGAGGAGAGCCGUGGCGAGGGCAGUACCGAGCCCCUGGCCACAGCCAGGAGUGGGGAGAGCAGGCAGCAGGAUGAUGCAGAGCAGCUGACGCUGGCUGGGCUGGAGGAGAGCAGCUGCGGGGGGGCUGCAGAGCAGCCCCCUGCCCAGGAGCACAAAGGCUCAGCGGCCCACGAGCAAGAUGACAUGGUGGAGCAGGAGCAUGUCCUGGCUGGGAUGCAGGAGCUAUGCAGCCGGCAGGCGGGAGACCCCCAGAAACCCAGCGCCCAGGCUGUGGUCUCGGGGACCCUCGUGGUCGUGGAGCUGCAGCCGGCCCCAGAGCCCGGUCCGGAGCCCGAAGAUGGUGGCAAGGAGGUGGAGCGGGGCCAGCUGUGGUCCCCGGGCGCUGCCCAGCCCAAGGGGCAGCACCAGGCAGCCUGGAAGGAAGGCAGCGUGGGCAGCCCUGCCACCACCCAAGAUCCCGGUGGGGGACAAAGCCACCGGGUGGAGCGCCCCCCCCCAGGCCAGCCCAGUGCUGGCAGCCAGCUUGGUGUUGGGGUGCAAAGCCAGGUGCCGGAGCCAGCCGGGAGGCGUGGGGAGCCACCAGCGGUGGCAGUGCCCACCCAGGAUGUAGCGGGGACCCCGGCUCGCCUGAACACUCACCGGUGGGAGCAAGUGCCCUCCUCCACGCGCCCGGCUGGUCGCACAGAGCCGGGCCCUGCCGGGCCCCCGCUGCGGGCCGCCUCGGUGCGGGAGCGCGCCCAGCGCUUCACCCCGGCGGGCCCGGGGCCGGCCCCCAGCACGGCGGCGGCGGCGGCGGGCGGCCCGGCGGGGGCGGGCGGCGCGGGGGGGCGGGCCGGGCCCGGCCAAUGGCAGCGGGGGCCCCGCACGGCCCCGCCGGGGCCCGCUCAAAACGCGCGGGGCGGCGGCGGCGGAGGCGCAGAGCAGCGUCCGGCCCCGGCCCCGGUCCCCGCCGGCGCCCGCCCCGGCCUCGACGGCAUGAAGACCUGCUUCACCAUCGAGAUCAAGGAUGGGCGAGUGCAGCCCCUUGCGCCCCGCGUCGUGGCCGCCCCCGGCAGCCAGCGGGCAGAGGUGACCCUGGGGCUGCGGAGCACCCCCAUCCGCAUCACCACCGUCCCCAGCAGCGGCAGCAGCGUCUGCAGCAUCAGCAGCAUCAGCAGCAAUGUCACCAAGAUGGAGCCGGAGACAGUGGAACAGCCACAGGCGCCUAGGCUGGAGCCGGAGCUGCCCAACGGCAUGGAGAAGGUCCAGGCGAGGGAGCUGGAGAGAAGGAGCAAGCUGAACAUCGAGGAGCUGAACAGGAUUGAGGAUGAGGAUGUUCUGGAUAAGAUGCUGGAUCGGACGACGGACUUUGAGGAGCGGCGACUGAUCCGAAAUGCCAUGCGGGAGCUGCGCCAGCGCAAGCGAGACCAGCGGGAGAAGGAGCGGGACCAGCGGCUGCAGGAGAUGAGGAGCCAGGCUGCAGCGGGGAGGGCCAGCCAUGCCACAGAGACCACCACCACGCAGAGCACCCAGUCGGCCGACGGCUUGGCACACAGCACCGUCACCAAGACAGAGCGUCUCGUCCAGUCUAGUGAUGGCACCAAGACCUCCCGUACCACAACCAUGGAGUCAAGUUACGUGAAGAGAUCGGACAAUGGCAACAGCACGCUUGUUCAAACCAAAUCAUCCUAUAGCUCCUCUUCCAAGAAGACGGGCAGCAUCUUUGACCGUGAAGACGAGAGUACCUCCAGGCAGAGCAGCCUGGCCGCGCUGGAGCGGCGCCAGGCUGAGAAGAAGAAGGAGCUGAUGAAAGCUCAGAGCUUGCCCAAGACAUCCGCCUCGCAGGCUCGCAAGGCCAUGAUGGAGAAGCUGCAGAAGGAGGGUGGGAGCUUGCCAAACCCUGCAGUGGCGCGCACCACCGUGCAGCGCUCCUCCAGCUUCGGCGUGCCCAACGCCAACAGCAUCAAGCAGAUGUUGCUGGACUGGUGCAGAGCCAAGACCCGGGGCUACGAGCACGUGGACAUCCAGAACUUCUCAUCCAGCUGGAGCGAUGGCAUGGCCUUCUGCGCCUUGGUCCACAACUUCUUCCCCGAGGCAUUUGACUACAGCCAGCUGACGCCCCAGAACCGCCGCCACAACUUCGAGGUGGCCUUCUCCUCCGCAGAGACGCUGGUGGACUGCGUGCCCCUGGUGGAGGUGGAAGACAUGAUGAUCAUGGGGAAGAAGCCGGACUCCAAGUGCGUCUUCACCUACGUGCAGUCCCUCUACAACCACCUGCGUCGCCACGAGUUGCGCAUGCGGCAGAAAGAGUGCUAGAGCCUGCCCUGCCCGCCACCCCCUGCCCUCAGGGCUGCCGGCGGGCAGGGGAGCUGCCUGCCCCUGGAGCGUCCAGGGGAGCCACAGGACCGGCGCUGGGGACGAGGGGGCUCUGCCACCGGGGCAGCCCCGUGCCUCUGCCUUGCUGGAGCUCCCUCUGCCCCAGCUGGCUGCGGGCUGACCCCGUGGGCAGGGCCAGGCAGGCGCUGCCAGGGAUGCUCCGCGGCUUGGCUUGCCUCCUGCGCUCCAGCGUGUUAAGUUAUUUGUUCUCCGGGAGUUGUUUGUUCCACGGGCAGCGUCCCUGCAUCCCUAGGGAGGCCUGGGCACGGCUGCGCCCUCGAGCCCGGGGCUUGCAUGGGUCGUGCAGCUCAGCCUGGGUCGCGGGGCAUCCCACAGGCAGUGUGCCCACAAGCGGUUCUCCUUGGCCCCCUGUGGGGAAGCCCCUCUGCCCACCACAGGCCCUGCUUGGUGCCACCUCCCUGGGGAUGGCUCCACAGCCCCGUGCUGACACCCUGCUUCCCACCGCGCACAUGCACCCUGGGGCGCUUCCACACUGGGGGGCUGCAGCACCCGUGUGCUGGGGAGCGGGCGGGAAGGUGAGGAGUCCCGGGCGGGCAAGGGGCCCGAGGAGUGAGCCGGGACAGCAGCCCCCGCUCUCCUCCCCAGCUCAGGGCACCACGUGCUCAGCACCACUCGCCCCUCCAUCACCAUCUCUACACCCGAGUUGACACGUGUACCAACACCAGCCAGACAAUAAAGGUUUAUUCUAUAGGGUGA